AUGAAGCCAACACUCUGGUUACUCGGCCUUCUGGCUGCAACAACCUCGACCGCCACCGCGGCUCUUAUAAAUUCUAAGAGCGCUUCCCUUACGAGGACGAACCGGGAUUGUGCCGGAGUUGCUGUUGGAGCUCCACAGACAGAGACCUUUGGCACCGUUCAAGUUGUUCGAUCUGUAAACCAACUUGUCGCGGUUCCUGUUUUAUUAAAGGGAACCCCAAAUACUGCUUAUAGUGUCCGCUUGAUUCAGAUCAAGAACGGAGCUGCCGUGAGCUGCCCGAGCUGUCCGACUGGGCAGACAUUGACGACGAACGAUGCGGGCAUUGGAUACACGACUGUUCAGCAGACCGUGACUGCGGGUGCAACAGGGGCGUGGGUGGCCAUUAACAAGAAGGCCAACUGUAAUGAUUUUUUUACUAUUCCCGUGGUGUCAAUUACUUAA